UAUCCAAAAUAUCUAAGAGCUUCUUCUUCUUCUGGCUAGGGCUUCCACGCGACGACGGCUGCGAAAUAAUUCAAUUUCAUCAUUUCUACAGGAAUCAUGAAGCCAGUCUUCUGUGGGAACUUUGAGUAUGAUGCUCGUGAGGGUGAUCUUGAACGCCUCUUCAGGAAAUACGGCAGAGUUGAGAGGGUCGAUAUGAAAGCUGGUAAGCAAGUCCCCCCACUUUUCUUUCCUUCUUCUUCCUUUCACGUGAUUUGACCUCAAUGCGCAAGCAGUAUCCGUAAACCACUAAGUGCGAUGUGUCAAAGCAAAAUUCAAAUGCAUGUCAUGAAAUCCAUUUCCACGACAUGGCACUGGAACACUCAUUCCCUCCCUCCCUGCCUCCACACAGACGCACUCUUUUGCACAACAUCUUCCUGGCCAUGUCAAGGCAGCAUGCCGCAAAGUACCUCAGAGGAUAGAGAUUAAAAAAAAAAAAUAGAGUAAAACCGCCAUACUCAGCAUUUUCUUUGGCGCAGGAUUUUUAAUCUUGGGAUGCCUAUACUCCCACCAGGCCAUGAAUGGACCGUAAGGAAAUCUAUCACACUGUCCCCCUAAAACGAGUCACUUUCCUUCCGCAAAUGGCACUGCCAUCUUAAUUACAUUUCAUUCCUCAUGACUUUGGUUGGACACAUUCCUCUCCCAUGGAGCACUCUGUUUUCAUUCACAUUCCGUCUUGACUACCACAUUUUCAGUUGUUCCUUGACAUAUAUUAUUCCACAAUACAAGGGUUUGCUUUCGUCUACAUGGAAAACGAAAGGGAUGCUGACGAUGCAAUCCGAGGGCUUGACCGCAUUGAAUUUGGGCGUAAGGGACGCAGACUUCGUGUUGAGUGGACAAAGGGUGAACGUGGAGGUGACAGAAGAACUGGUGGUGGUUCAAGAAGAUCUUCAUCCAGCAUGAGACCUUCCAAGACUCUGUUUGUGAUAAACUUCGAUGCGGACAAUACCAGGACCCGGGAUCUAGAGAGACACUUCGAGCCAUACGGCAAAAUUGUAAACGUUAGGAUCAGGAGGAACUUUGCAUUUAUCCAAUACGAGGAACAAGAGGAUGCAACGAGAGCACUUGAAGCUACAAACAACAGUAAGCUGAUGGACAAAGUGAUCUCGGUGGAGUAUGCAAUGAAGGAUGAUGAUGCAAGAGGGAAUGGACAGAGUCCAGAUAGACGCCGUGAUAGGUCACCUGAAAGGAGGAGACGAUCGCCGUCUCCUUACAAAAGAGAGAGAGGGAGCCCUGAUUAUGGUCGAGGGGGUAGUCCCGUUGCUGCGUACAGGAAGGAAAGGACCAGUCCUGAUUAUGGCAGAAGACGUAGCCCGAGUCCUUACAAGAGAUCGAGGCGUAUGAGUCCAGAGUAUGGUCGCGACCGCAGAGGCAAUGAGAGCCCUCGCAGGAGGGAGAGAGUCGCAAGUCCCAACGAGAAGAGAGAGAGGAGGAGCCCUGAUGAUAGCCCGUUUAAGAAGGAGGAGAGCCCGAAGAAUGGAGGUGGUGAAGUUGAAAGUCCAAGGAGGGAGAGGUCAAGGUCUAGCCCUGAGAAUGGCCAAGUCGAAAGUCCUAGCUCUAUAGGAAGAAGAGACAGCGAUGAUGGUGCAGAAAGCCCGAUGCAGAAGAGCCGGUCUCGUUCGCCUCCAGCUGAAGAGUGAAUGAAAGUGGAUCCAACCAUCUCUAUCAAAGUAGAAUGUUGUUGUCAAACUCUUGUGUCGUGUUUAUUAUCUGUCUCUUUAUACAUUCGAACUCGGAUCUCUUUCAUUGUCGGAUUGAAAAACUUGGUCUUGUAUGCUUAAAAUCUUCCUUACUCUUUUUUUCGUU